AACAAUGCAAAACCACCUAAGUUUCACGCAAGCUUAAUACAAAAAUUGUAUAUCUGUUGUAGAAGUAAUAAACCAAAUCGAAAAUGCAAAACCUUUCCUUCUUUUUUCUCUGCUUUGGUCUCCUUUUACUCUCUUCAGCUUCAUUAGUCUGCUCCCAGUCCCCACCACAGUCACCUUCCCUAGCUUGCAAAUCCACCCUCUAUCCCAAGCUCUGCCGUUCGAUCUUAUCAAACUUUGGCUCGUUACCCUCGAAUCCGUACGACUAUGGCAAGUUUUCAGUCAAACAGUGCCUAAAACAAGCACAAAGAUUAUCCAAAGUGAUAAACCACCACUUGACCCACAGUAAGCAACUCUCAAAACUGAGCCACGAGGAGAUUGGGGCUUUAGAAGAUUGCCGCGAGCUGACCCAUCUGAAUGUGGACUACUUGGAGACGUUAUCGACAGAGUUUAAAUCGGCGGAGGUGUUGAAGGAUGAGAUGGUAGAAAGAGUGAAUAGUUUUCUGAGUGGAAUAUUGACGAACCAGCACACUUGUUUUGAUGAAUUGGUGGAGUCCAAGAGUAGCAUUGUGAGUUCAUUGUACAGUCCUCUUUCCAAUGUUACGAAGUUGUACAGCGUUUCUCUUGGGCUUGUCACGAAUGCACUGAAGAAAAAAAAGAAGAAUAAAAAGGGUGGUCAUGAACAAAGGGUUUUCUCAAACAGAGGACUCCAUGAACCUCUCGAAGCUCUGAUCAAGGCUUUACGCAAAACUAAAAGCUCCAGUGGAGGACGCAAUCUUGCUGAUUUGGAGGCCAAUGGGAUUCUCAUAAACGACACAGUAAUCGUCAGCCCUUAUGGCGAGGGCAGCUUCACAUCCAUUGGAGAUGCCGUAGCUAUUGCUCCAAAUAAUUCGAAGCCUGAAGAUGGCUAUUUUGUAAUCUAUGCAAGAGAAGGAUACUACCAAGAAUAUGUCAUUGUGCCCAAACAUAAGAACAACAUAUUGCUCGUUGGAGAUGGAAUUAAUCGAACUAUCAUCACAGGAAACCAUAGUGUGGUGGAUGGCUGGACAACUUUUAAUUCCUCAACCUUCGCUGUUUCUGGGGAGCGAUUUAUUGCCGUAGACAUCACAUUCAGGAAUACAGCUGGUCCGGAAAAGCACCAAGCAGUAGCAGUGAGGAAUAAUGCAGAUUUGUCCACAUUUUAUCGUUGCAGUUUCGAAGGCUAUCAAGAUACUCUUUAUGUCCACUCCAUGAGACAAUUCUACAGGGAAUGCGACAUAUAUGGAACUGUGGAUUUAAUUUUUGGCAAUUCUGCUGCUGUCUUCCAGAGUUGCAAUUUGUACGCUCGCAAACCAUUGCCUAACCAGAAGAAUGCCUUCACAGCCCAAGGCCGCACUGAUCCUAAUCAAAAUACAGGUAUCUCCAUACACAAUUGCACCAUUGAAGCUGCACCAGAUUUGGCAAUGGACUUGAACUCAACCUUAAAUUAUCUGGGUCGACCUUGGAAGGAGUACUCGAGAACUGUCUAUAUGCAAUCGUACAUCGGCAAUCUAAUUGCUCCCGAUGGAUGGCUUGAAUGGAAUGGGACUACUGGAUUAGACACACUAUUUUAUGGGGAGUUCAAGAAUUAUGGGCCUGGAGCUAAUACAACUAUGCGAGUGAAGUGGCCAGGUUAUAAUCUGAUGAAUGUUUCACAAGCUGUGAAUUUUACAGUUCAUAAUUUCACAAUGGGAGAUACUUGGUUGCCUGACACUGACAUUCCUUUUUAUGGAGGACUGCUUUAUAAUUAAUUCCUGUAUAAUCUUAUUCAAACUUCGUAAAGAUUAAUAUUUAAUUUUGCAUUUCUGCA